CGGGGAGGAGGUUGCGGCGGGUUUGAAAGCGCCAGUUUCCUGGCAGCUGGGGCAGGCGUUGGUCUCGUCGCUCCCGCUCCGCAGCGGCCGCGCUCCAGCGGGCGACCAAGCUCUGUGCGCGCGUCCCGGACGGAGCUCCGCGUCCCAGCUGCUCCCUCAGCUCCCGCCCCUUUGCCUCAGCCUUUCCCGCCGCGCGGGCGCCCAGCCCCGGCCGUCGGCGCUGACCCCGCCCGGAGAGACCCCGCCGGCGCCGCCCGCGGGGCGCGCGCUCCCUCCGGCUCUGCUCGGCGGCCCGCGUGAGGGGCGGCCCGCGGCGGCGCGCGGCCGGCGGGCUGAGGCAGGGGGUCAGCGGCGGGGCCCCUCUGGCCGGGCUGUGCGCGGGGCCCGGAGCGGCACCGCGGCCGCCCGCGCGGGGGCUCCCCAUGGUGCAGCGGAGGUCGGGAUGUCGAAGACGUUGAAGAAGAAGAAGCACUGGCUCAGCAAGGUGCAGGAGUGUGCGGUGUCCUGGGCCGGGCCCCCGGGCGACUUGGGCGCGGAGAUCCGCGGCGGCGCCGAGCGCGGCGAGUUCCCCUACCUGGGGCGGCUCCGCGACGAGCCUGGUGGCGGCGGAGGCACCUGCUGCGUGGUCUCGGGCAAGGCGCCCAGUCCGGGCGAUGUGCUGCUGGAGGUGAACGGGACCCCGGUCAGUGGGCUCACCAACCGGGACACCCUGGCUGUCAUCCGCCACUUCCGCGAGCCCAUCCGUCUCAAGACCGUGAAGCCAGGCAAAGUCAUAAAUAAAGAUUUGCGACACUACCUGAGUCUUCAGUUUCAGAAAGGAUCAAUUGACCACAAACUUCAGCAAGUCAUCAGAGAUAAUCUCUACUUAAGAACUAUCCCAUGCACUACAAGGGCUCCCAGGGAUGGAGAAGUUCCAGGGGUGGACUAUAAUUUCAUUUCUGUUGAACAAUUCAAAGCACUGGAAGAAAGCGGAGCGUUGUUAGAAAGUGGAACAUAUGAUGGAAAUUUCUAUGGCACUCCCAAGCCUCCAGCAGAGCCUAGUCCUUUCCAGCCAGAUCCGGUUGAUCAGGUCCUCUUUGACAAUGAGUUUGACACAGAAUCCCAAAGAAAACGAACUACAUCUGUCAGCAAGAUGGAAAGGAUGGACAGCUCUCUCCCGGAGGAAGAGGAAGAUGAGGACAAAGAGGCUGUUAAUGGCACUGGAAGUGCAGAAACCAGAGAGAUACAUUCUGAGUCAUCUGACUGCUGGAUGAAGACUGUUCCAAGUUAUAACCAAACAAAUAGCUCCAUGGACUUUAGAAAUUAUAUGAUGAGAGAUGAGAAUCUGGAGCCGCUGCCCCCAAACUGGGAGAUGGCCUACACUGACACAGGCAUGAUCUAUUUCAUUGAUCAUAAUACCAAGACAACCACCUGGUUGGAUCCUCGUCUCUGCAAGAAAGCCAAAGCCCCUGAAGACUGUGAAGAUGGAGAGCUUCCUUAUGGCUGGGAGAAAAUAGAGGACCCUCAGUAUGGAACAUACUAUGUUGAUCACCUCAACCAGAAAACUCAGUUUGAAAAUCCAGUGGAGGAAGCCAAAAGGAAGAAGCAGAUAGGACAGGCUGAAGUUCAUCCUGCAAAACCAGAUGUGGAAAGAUCUCAUUUUACUCGGGAUCCAUGCCAACUGAAAGGUGUCCUUGUCCGAGCAUCACUGAAAAAGAGUCCGAUGGGGUUUGGUUUCACCAUUAUUGGCGGAGAUAGGCCUGACGAGUUUCUACAAGUGAAAAACGUGCUAAAAGAGGGACCUGCAGCCCAGGACGGGAAAAUUGCACCAGGUGAUGUUAUUGUAGACAUCAAUGGCAACUGUGUCCUUGGUCACACCCAUGCAGAUGUUGUCCAGAUGUUUCAGUUGGUACCUGUGAACCAGUAUGUCAACCUUACUUUAUGCCGUGGUUAUCCACUUCCUGAUGACAGUGAAGAUCCUGUUGUGGACAUUGUUGCUGCUACACCUGUCAUCAAUGGACAGUCAUUAACAAAGGGAGAGACGUGCAUGAACACUCAGGAUUUUAAACCAGGAGCAAUGGCUUUGGAUCAAAAUGGAAAACCAGGCCAAAUCUUGGCCAGUGACCGUCUCAAUGGGCCAUCAGAUGCAAGUGAACAGAGAGCAUCCCUGGCGUCAUCAGGCAGCUCCCAGCCUGAACUAGUGACUAUCCCUCUGAUUAAGGGCCCCAAAGGCUUUGGGUUUGCAAUUGCUGACAGCCCAACAGGACAGAAGGUGAAAAUGAUUUUGGAUAGCCAGUGGUGUCAAGGCCUUCAAAAGGGGGAUAUCAUCAAAGAAAUUUACCACCAAAACGUGCAGAAUUUAACACAUCUCCAAGUGGUAGAAGUACUAAAGCAGUUCCCAGUAGGUGCAGAUGUCCCGUUGCUCAUCUUAAGAGGAGGUCCUCGUUCACCAACUAAAACUGCCAAAAUGAAAACUGAUACAAAGGAAAAUUCAGGAAGUUUGGAGGCCAUAAAUGAGCCUGUUCCCCAGCCUAUGCCUUUCCCGCCCAGCAUCAUCAGGUCAGGAUCCCCGAAACUGGAUCCUUCUGAGGUCUACCUGAAAUCUAAGACUUUAUAUGAAGAUAAACCACCAAACACCAAAGAUCUGGAUGUUUUUCUUCGGAAACAAGAAUCAGGGUUUGGCUUCAGGGUGCUGGGAGGAGAUGGACCUGACCAGUCUAUAUACAUUGGGGCCAUUAUUCCCCUGGGAGCAGCUGAGAAGGAUGGUCGGCUUCGCGCUGCUGAUGAAUUGAUGUGCAUUGAUGGGAUUCCUGUUAAAGGAAAAUCACACAAGCAAGUCUUGGAUUUAAUGACCACUGCUGCUCGCAAUGGCCAUGUGUUACUAACUGUCAGGAGAAAGAUCUUCUAUGGAGAGAAACAGCCUGAAGAGGACAGCCCUCAAGCCUUCACACAGAACGGAUCCCCCCGCCUGAAUCGGGCAGAGCUCCCAGCCAGGCCUGCCCAGGAGGCCUAUGAUGUUGUCUUACAGAGAAAAGAGAGUGAAGGCUUUGGUUUUGUCAUCCUCACCUCUAAAAGCAAGCCACCUCCGGGAGUUAUUCCUCAUAAAAUUGGCCGAGUCAUAGAGGGAAGUCCAGCUGAUCGUUGUGGAAAACUGAAAGUCGGAGAUCACAUCUCUGCAGUGAAUGGACAGUCCAUUGUUGACCUGUCUCAUGAUAAUAUUGUUCAGCUCAUCAAAGACGCUGGAGUCACUGUCACACUGACGGUCGUUGCUGAAGAAGAGCAUCACGGUCCACCAUCAGGAACCAACUCAGCCCGGCAAAGCCCAGCACUGCAACACAGGCCCAUGGGACAGGCCCAGGCCAACCACAUACCUGGGGACAGAAUUGCCCUAGAAGGUGAAAUUGGGAAAGAUGUCUGCAGUUCCUACAGACAUUCAUGGUCUGACCAUAAGCACCUUGCACAUCCUGACACUGCAGUGAUUUCGGUUGUGGGGAGUCGGCACAAUCAGACCCUCGGGUGUUACCCAGUGGAGCUGGAGAGGGGCCCUCGAGGCUUUGGGUUCAGCCUUCGAGGAGGGAAGGAGUACAAUAUGGGGCUGUUCAUCCUUCGCCUCGCUGAGGAUGGCCCUGCUAUCAAAGACGGUAGAAUCCACGUUGGUGACCAGAUUGUUGAAAUCAACGGGGAACCUACCCAAGGCAUCACACAUACUCGAGCAAUUGAACUCAUUCAGGCUGGUGGAAAUAAAGUCCUCCUCCUUUUGAGGCCAGGAACUGGCUUGAUACCUGACCACGGUGAUUGGGAUAUUAAUAGUCCUUCAUCUUCCAAUGUCAUUUAUGAUGAACAGCCACCACUUCUCCCAUCUUCACAUUCUGCUUCCAUAUUUGAAGAGUCUCAUGUGCCAGGAACCGAAGACUCUCUGAUUAGAGUUCAGAUAUGUGAAAAGGCAGAAGAACUAAAGAACACUGUACCAGAAAAGAAAAGCACUUUAAAUGGAAGCCAGCCUGAAAUGAAGCAUCAGACGGUUCUCCAGAAAAACAUGAGUAAGAAGGAUCCACCCAGUAGUCAUGGGCACGGUGAGAAGAAUCUACUAAAAGGAGAAAAUAGUGUCACACGAAGAGGUAGAUCUGCUAGUCCCAAAAAGUCAGCUAAUCGACAUUCAGAGGAACAUUUGGAAAAGAUUCCCAGACCCCUAAAAAGUGACCCCAGAGGAAAAUCUCGAGAUCGGUCACUCAGCCCUCGGAAAGGAGAGACUAAAGGCCAGGUUGCCAGUAAAGCAGGCUCUGGACAAGAUCCCUGCAGAAAAGGCAGAGGACGCUCUUCUAGUCCCAAGAAGCAGCAAAAGCUUGGAGGCAGUGGCCCAUCAAACACUGAAAGCAAGUCAUCAGAGCCUGGGAGCCAAAGAGCAGCGGGCCAUACCCUUGGCAUUACUGAACAGCUCCCAGAUGGGAAAGAAAAGUCAGGGGCCAUCAGGAAAGAUCCAAAGCAGACUCACCUGGGAAAAAGCAGAACAAGGUCUCCAGAGAAAAAGAGCAAUAAAACUGAUGAAGCCUCUUUUCCACCCAAGAAGGCUAACACUGCUAGUAAGGCGGCGUCUGAGAAGGAAAAAGGGAAGAAGCCGACCACAGGAGAAAACAUCCAGCUCCCAGCAAAGACGCUCACGCAGGAACCUGAGGAGAAGGUGAUGUUAAGUAAAGUGGAAGAACACAAAGGGAAAGAACCGGAGGCCACUGACAAAUGCAAGGAGCGUGCAGGGGGCACACCUGAAAACAGCUCUCCAGUCAAGAGAGCGCCCAUCACUCCGGGGCCCUGGAGGGUGCCACGAGCAAGUAAAGUCACAGGCACUGCUGGCAUGGCUGACAAACACCUGUGACCUUUUGUAUAAUACAAAGAAAAUGAAGUUGUAAUCUUUUACUAAAACACAGCAUUCUUUUAAGGGGGAGGGGUGUGUUUUUCCCCAGAAAGUCUUCAAUACCUAAUUGGAGCAUCAAGUUAUCCAGGCUGCAUGAAGGGCUUCUGGGAUUGCUAAGACCCACCUGGCCCUGGCCGGCUGCCCUUCCUCAUGUUCAGGAAAGAGCUGCAUCCACGGGCUUGUUUGCCAUGCCCUGCUCAGGCCGCCCGCUCAGCAAUGACAUGAUCUUAGCAGUGUGGUCACAACUCACUUUGUAUUCGUGCCAAGUUAUCUACUGUAUCAUGUCUGUUUUAUCCUUCCCAUUCUGAUAUUGCCAGUCAUGAAACAGUUCGGUUUGGCUUGAAGAUGUUUUCAAUAGCAUGUUGCAUGUUUACAGAGAGAAAUAUUUGAGUCCCUGCAGAGGAAAAACAAUGUUAGCUCAUCAUUUAAAGUUGGCACCUGCCUCUUCUCAUACCUUCUGACCGUCCUAGUUUAAAAUGCAACUCAGAAACAUCACUAUAUUACAGGAAAGGUCAAAUACUAAAGAUGCUUUUUUAUGGCUAAGUAAGGUGUUUCAAGUAACUGUUAAAGGUAUUCCUUGCAAUUGAAUGCUCAGAAUGAGAAAGUACUAAGCAACAGAAUGAGCAGUCUCCUGCUGUGUUAGCCAACCCAAUGUAGUCACAGUGUCUCAGGUCACCUGCUAUAGUGAGAGAAGUACAGAAGCAUGUGGAAGUACCAUUUGUUUCUCUUUAAAGAAAAACUACUAUAUCUGGGUGUUUUGAUUAUUCAUCAUUAGUCCUUAAUACAUUAUUGAAAAGCCAAAAUAUUACAUAGGUUUUUGUGAGGGACUUAAUCAUGAAGCCAGUUCUACAGUCCACUGCCAGACAAAGCACCAGCUCCUGUGGCAUAGACAAGUUCAUCUGGGGGCAGAAUUUAGAAGCAGAGCCUGCACUGGGCUCCCCCAGCAAGUCAGAACUAAUAUGGUAUAGACUGUGUGUGGUGGAAGUUUAAUUUUUAGCUAAUUAACUACUUAAAAACAGGAAAAGCUUUCAGAGUUCUUUUCUAAACUCUAAGAAAAAAACUGUUUGAAAGUUGGAGACAAUUUUUAACUUCAUACAAUAGAUCAGGUAGGUUCCUUGAAGCAGCAUUCAGAAGCAUCUAUAAAUACAGACACAUUUCUCAGACCAAAACUAUCUACUUAGAGUAUUUGAACACUCAUUCUGUUACCCUGUGAGUCUGACAAACUCCCCUGUGACCAACUGUACUGGCCCUGUAAGUAACACAUGCUUCUACCCAGAACUAUAUUUAACCCACCUAUUAUAACUACUUGAAUAGAGAAAAAUUAGGAGGCUUGAUAAAUGCUAAGAAUUUAGUACCACAGAAAUGAUUUAUUUUCCCUAUAGUCCACAAUUAGUGACACAAAUCCUAUUUUUAUUGUUAUCUGUGACAUAACUUUGAUGUCGUAUGUUGUCAGUCUGAUAUGGCUCUUCCUUAAGUAACCUGUCACUGUACUGAUUAUAUACUGACUUAGCCACGUGGCCUUGGAAUGCUGAGCAAAAUAUGGAUGUCCUGGUUGUAAAUGUUUAUAUAUGUACAGUACCUUUAUAUAUACACUUGAGGUUCUGAUUAGAGAAAGAUCUGUAAAUCGCUCGUUAUUUUUUAUAUAGAUAUUAAAAAAGAAAAAAAAGUUUAGUCCUGCUUUUUUUACCUGUCAGCAUCAUUUAACAUUGCUGUUUGUGGAGCUUAGUUCCAUCAUGAUCUGAGUCAUCAAAGUCUUAAAUCAGAAAGACAUACUAAUGUACCUUUACCUGUACUUCAUUUCCUUUGUGGAUGAAAGCCUUGAGUUAUAUACCAUUAUGCCUAUUUACAUAUUUCAUUGCAAAGACCUAUUUUAAAUGUCCUUUUUCUCCACUACUAGAGAAGAGAAGACAUUUCAUCUCACUGGAAUUCAGUUACUACACAUUUAUAGUGAACUAAAUAUAGACCACAAGUUCAUAGAAUUCUGUGGCAAUUCUCAUUAUUUAAAACCAUUUUAUUUCUUUAAACU